UCCCGUUGACAAAGAUAUAAUGAAUGAUUUCAUAAAGACGUAAUUCAUUCUUAGAAUUAUUUCAAAAUUAUGUUCAGCCUUCGUUUAUAGUCAUCUUUAAAACGAGACAGUGAUGCCAGUUGUGUCAGUUAUUCAAGAUCAUACAAAGGCUUUAUCAUCAUGAAAUUAAAUGUCUUUUUAUUUAUUUUCAUUUUAAUCUUUCUAAUCCAGGACAUAAAAGCGAGAAGAAGUGGUGGCUCAAGUAGAGGAAGUUCUAGUAGAGGAAGUUCCGGUGGAGGAUGGUUUGGCAGUAGUUCCGGAUCAAAAGGAUCAAGUGGAGGAUGGUUUAGUAGUAGUUCCGGUUCAAAAUCGUCAAGUAGUUCCGGAUCAAAAGGAUCAUCAAGUGGAGGUGGUUUAUGGGGUUUUUUCAGUUCAAAAAGAAAUGAUUCUCCGAAACCGGUGACUUCUGCACCAAUUCCAAAAUACAGGACACCACCAUCAGCUCCUAUUUUCGAAAAUAAUCAUAAACAUGUGCAUUUUUCGCAAAAUAGUAAGCCAUCGUCUAUUAAUAAUAAACCAGGAAAUUCCUAUGUGACUCCGCCAUCAGCUCCUACAUUAGGUGGUUCUUUUGGAGGAUAUCAAAAUCAUGGACAGGGAAUUGGGACAAAAACGAAAAUUCCUGUUAAAAUAUACGCUCCUCCGUCUUUGUCGAAGCCGAAAAAAUUUAAUCCCCCAUAUCCUGUGGGACAACCAAAAGGCUCACAUCCAAUACCCCAUAAUACUGGAUCUUUGGGUUCGUCAGUCUCGUCUUCUAAAUAUCCACAAGUUUCGUCAGGCUCUAGUCCAUACAAUCCUUAUUACAAUAAUGUUGGAAAAACUGGUUCCAGUCCUUAUAAUCCGUAUUAUUAUAAUAUUGGAUCAAGUCAUUACAAUGCUGGAAAUCCUAAAACGGGAAUUCAGUCGCAAAAUUCAGGAAGUCAUCAAUAUUCCUCAGGAUAUUCAGGACAUAUUCCACAAAUACCUUCUGCUCCACAUCUUUCACAAGGAUAUACCUCAGGAUAUCACCCGAAUUAUCAGAGAGGUGGAAAUUCAUUAUCUCAACCGGGAGUGAUUUAUGUACCGAAUUCAGUUUCCACGAGCCGUGGAACGGGUGAUAUUUUUAAAGAAGCCUUAAUUCAUUCGACAGUGAACGCUGGAGUUAAUGCUGCCGCUAAUCGAAUUUUUUAUCCAAGUCAUUUUUCUGGACAUAAUUAUGGUUCGAAUUCGGGAUAUGGAGGAUCUACUGGAGGUGGUACAACUCACAUUAUUCACAAUAAUUAUUAUUACAAUAAUAAUCCAUCCAGCGAUUUACAAGGAACGGAAAUUAAUGGCUCAGAUAAUUCAAAUAAUUCGAAUAAUCAAAAUAAUUCAAAUAAUUCGAAUAAUCAAAAUAAUGAAAAUAAUUCGAAUAAUGAAAAUAAUUCAAAUAAUCAAAACAAUUUGAAAAAUCCAAAUAUUUCCAAUCAUCAACAUUAUGGAAAUACAGCGAGUAAUUUGAAUAAUUUAAAUAAUAGUCAACCAAGAGGAAAUAACAUAAAUAAUAAUGAAUUGAGUGAAAAUUUUUCAUUACGACAAUUAAAUAUUACUGACGAGGAAUUAAGAAAUUUAACCGAGGAUCUUUUUACUCGGCAAGAAUUUGACGUCAACAAAUAUAUUAAAUUGAAUCUCCAAAAUAAGGUCAACAGCACAAAUAUCACUGAUGAGUCAAUUGAGCCACUACUGGAAAUUCAAGACGAUGUAAAUCAAAUUCCAACAAUUGAAUUGAUUAAAUUUUUGUACGAUAAUUAUGAAUAUAAUUCGCAAAUAAAGGAAAAAAUGACAGAUGAAAUGAUAAAGGAAGAAAAUAAUUUUUUGGAAGUUAUUUUACAAACAAAUGUUAUGACACAUUUAAUGAAAUGGUUAACGAAUAAAAAUAUAAUUGACGACGAUACACUUUCAAAAAAGGAGAUAUUAACGAGAAUUUGGUUUACUUCAAUUGAAGGUUCAACGUCAGCCUUUGAAAGGACAUUUAUGAUGGAAAACUAUUGGAAUACAAGUAUUAUGGGUUUGCAAAAUUGGAUUUAUUUCAAUUAUAUGGAAAUGAGAAAGGAAAUUAAUUAUCUCGGCUAUAUGGAAAAUUUAGAUCUUGGAUUUAAGGGAUCACUUUUAAAAAUUAUUGUUAAUUCAAAAGGAAUUACUCAGCCAACAACAAUGUUUAUUGGAACAUUACCCGAAUUAGAAAUGGCAUUGUACACAGUUUGUUAUUUUGUUAGACCAAACGAAUCGUGUCCAAUUUCCCUAGGUGGAACAAAAUUUAAUAUUUUCACACAUACUUUUCAUUCUUGGGGAAAGGAUCUUUUGGACGUUGCUGUUCCUGUUUUAUAAAAAAUUAAAAAAAAAAAAUUUAUUUCUCCAUUUUAUUAAUUUUUAAACAAAAAAUAGUAUAAAACAACCUAUAAAUAAAUUAUUGAUUUAUAAAAAAAAAUUA